CCAGUCCCCAAUCCCGUUACCUUUCCCAUCCCAUCUCAUCUCGUCGUCCUCCUUCGCCCCAAAACCCUAACCCUAGCGCCGGUCAUGGCGCUCACUAGCCGCUGCGGCGGUCCCCAAUCCCGUUUAUAAUCUUUCCCAUCCCAUCCCAUCCCAUCUCAUCGUCCUCCUUCGCCCCAAAACCCUAACCCUAGCGCCGGUCAUGGCGCUCACUACCCGCGGCGGCGCCGGCGGCGCCGGCGGAGGUGACCCCGCGAAGCCGCCGUCCGCCUCCGACCCCAGCCUAGGCUUCCUUACCAAGCGCGACACGGAGGUCAAGCUGCCCCGCGCCACGCGGGUCAAGAACAAGACCCCCGCGCCGAUCCAGAUCACGGCGGAGCAGAUCCUCCGGGAGGCCCGGGAGCGGCAGGAGCCCGAGAUACGCCCGCCCAAGCAGAAGAUCACCGACACCCACGAGCUCUCCGAGUACCGCCUCCGCAAGCGGAAGGAGUUCGAGGACGUCAUCCGCCGCGUGCGGUGGAGCGUCUCGGCGUGGGUCAAGUACGCGCGCUGGGAGGAGCAGCAGCGCGACUUCGCGCGCGCGCGGUCCGUCUACGAGCGCGCGCUCGACGUCGCCCACCGCGACCACACGCUCUGGCUCAAGUAUGCCGAGUUCGAGAUGCGGAACCGCUUCGUCAACCACGCCAGGAACGUCUGGGACCGCGCGGUGUCGCUCCUCCCGCGAGUGGACCAGCUAUGGUACAAGUACAUCCACAUGGAGGAACUGCUUGGCGCAGUUGCCAAUGCGCGCCAGGUGUUUGAGCGCUGGAUGGCGUGGCGACCCGACACAGCAGGCUGGAACUCCUACAUCAAGUUUGAGUUGCGGUAUGGAGAGGUCGAGCGUGCCAGGGCUAUCUAUGAGCGGUUUGUGGCCGAGCAUCCACGACCAGACACCUUCAUUCGCUUUGCCAAGUUUGAGAUGAAGCGUGGUGAAGUAGAGAGGGCACGACGGGUGUAUGAGCGUGCAGCAGACCUGCUUGCGGAUGAUGAGGAUGCAGAGGUGCUGUUUGUGGCAUUUGCAGAGUUUGAGGAGAGGUGCCGUGAGGUUGAGCGUGCGCGUGCAAUAUACAAGUAUGCGCUGGACAGGGUGCCCAAGGGUCGGGCUGAGGAAUUGUACAGGAAGUUUUUAGCUUUUGAGAAGCAAUUUGGUGACCGCGAGGGGAUUGAGGAUGCCAUUGUGGGCAAGAGGAGAUUUCAGUACGAGGAUGAGGUGAGGAAGAACCCUCUGAACUAUGACUCAUGGUUUGAUUACAUCCGGCUGGAGGAAAGUGUUGGGAAUGAGGACAGGAUCCGGGAGGUUUACGAGAGAGCCAUUUCCAAUGUGCCCCCUGCAGAGGAGAAGCGAUAUUGGCAGAGGUACAUAUACCUCUGGAUUAACUAUGCACUUUAUGAGGAGCUUGAUGCACAAGACAUAGAGCGAACCAGGGAAGUUUACAAGGAAUGCCUGAGGCUGAUUCCUCACAAGAAGUUCACAUUCGCAAAGAUAUGGCUCAUGGCAGCCCAGUUUGAGAUAAGGCAGAGAAAUCUUAAGUCUGCUCGACAAAUUCUUGGAAAUGCAAUCGGGGUGGCUCCAAAGGGCAAGAUAUUUAAGAAAUAUAUUGAAAUUGAGCUAUAUUUGGGCAAUUUCGACCGUUGCAGGACUCUCUAUGAGAAAUACAUUGAAUGGUCCCCAGCAAACUGUUAUGCCUGGAGGAAGUAUGCUGAAUUGGAAAAGAACCUUAGUGAGACUGAUCGCGCUCGAUCAAUAUACGAACUUGCUAUUGCACAGCCAGCCCUUGAUACGCCAGAGGUUCUGUGGAAGACUUGUAGCCUGAAUUCGACACAUCCAACUACUCCUGAGAAUGGAUUGGACUAGAUCCAAAUCCAAUUGGAUUUUGGCCCAUGGAUUUAAGUGGAUUUGGACUUGGUUGGAUAUGGAUAUCCACUUACUUAUAUAAUUUAGGAUUGGACUCUAUUGGAUUAAAAAAAAAGAAAAGUCCAAAUCCUGUUGGAUUGAGGAUGGGGGGCGCUACUCUUGGAGCCUCUCCCCCGUUGCACGCCGCCGCGCGUCUCUCCGCCGCCGCCGCGCGGAGCACUCCAGCCUCGCCGCCGACGGGUGGGGUGGGGGUGGGGGAGGAGGCCGCGCAUCCCUGCGCCUUGCCCGCAGCGCUCGUCUCCUGGACCGGCGCCUUCGCCCUCGGCGUCGCCGCCUGCGCCGUCCACCACCACGCCUCUGCGCUCGCCUCCCACAUCAAGUCCCUCCCCACGACGUGAGCACCCCCUCCUCUCCUCGGCUCCUCCCUCGUCAUUUGUCUCUCGCCCACUCUAAGAUGGGGACCGAUUCCUCGUGUUCUUGCCGCGCUGGCCAGCUUCUCCCCGGAAUUAGCAGCAGCUUUUGUGUUCUCGUUUGUCUUCCAGCGGCACUCCCCACCAGAGUACUUCAUGGCCUCGUCCUCGCCAUCCAACCUGGCGUCGCCGUAGCCGCCGCCCUUGCUGCUGCCACCGCCGGAGCCCGCGCCUCCGCCGCCGCCGCCGGAGGACGGGCCCAGGCCGAGCACCACCGUCGCCGACGGCGUCCGCCGCCUUCUCAGGUCCGGGGAGGCGCUCAUCCGCGCCGUGUUCCGGGCACCUCCGCCCACCCGCGCCCUCAUCUGCAGCAGCACCUUCACAGCCACCAGCCGCAGCAUCACAGCCCUGUAUGCUCAUGCUCCCCCGCUGCGCUCUUUCUUGGGAAUUUCAUGAUCCGUGAAACUGAGUCCGGGUGUUUAGUGAUUUGCAUUGAUGUUCAAGCUCCACUGAUGUUCGUGACUUCAUGCUGCCGACUAAAUGCAUAGUAUAUAGUAUGUUCAGGGUGCAGCCGUGCAAGGUAUCUGCCACACCUCAAGUUAGUUGUUGUAACCUUGAAUGAAUGCUUUGAGAGCUUUGAGUAGUCGUAUCCUUUUGCUACGGUUA